AUGAAUAACAUCCACGCUCCCACGGUACCCUCGGGACCGACCACCAGCGCCGCGAAAAACGGCCACCUCCACCGCUUGAACUUUGCCGAGUUGCAGAAGAAGAAAGAUGACAUGGAGGCCGAGCUCAAAGCUCUCGGCGCAGUCCUUGAUUCUCAUGGUGUUGACAUGAGCACUCCUCUCACUACCCGUGACGGUUUCCCAAGAGCAGAUAUUGACGUCGCCCAAGUGCGCACAACUAGAGCCUGCAUAAUUCACCUCCGCAACGACUACAAAGACCUCAUGGUAUUGGUGGAGAAGCAUCUUCACGAACACUUUGCGAGUCUGCAGGAAGAUGACGAGACGCAGCCGGCACCAUCAAGAGGCGACAUUGGCUUUCUGCCGGACCAUGUGCCGUUGGAGACACUACAGGAGCCUUUCGCCAAAGUCAACAGUGUUAUCCCUGGCAGCCCAGCCGAUGAGGCUGGUCUAAAGCCCAAUGACGAGAUUCGGAAUAUUGGCUACGUCAGCCUUGCGAACCAUGACAAUCUCAAGAAGGUUGCCGAGUGUGUCCAGGGGAAUGAAGGUGUAAGUAAAUAA